UCUUUGAAAGGGGAACACUGAGAAAGAUAGAGAAACCCUAAAGUCUGGUCUGAUCACACUACAAAUCCUUGUAAUUUGGGUGAAGCAGUGCUUGCUUACUGCUUUUAGAGUUUUGAGAAUGUAUGGAAGAUCUGGUCUUGACAGGUUUAAAAAGUCUCAAACUUUGGAACCUUUCUCUGUAUCAUCAUCAGCAAAUCCUUCUCCAGCAAAGAAGCCAGUGGUUCAACCUUUGUCUCCGGAGGAGGCGGCGCCAUUGCCGGGGAAAACUCAGAUUGGAGCGGGUCAAUCAAACUGGCAUCCCCCUGACUGGGCUAUCGAGCCUCGUGCCGGUGUCUACUCUCUGGAGGUUUUGAAAGACGGCCAGAUCCUUGAUCGGAUUCAUCUAGAUAGACGGAGACAUAUCUUCGGCAGACAACAUCAGACUUGUGAUUUUGUGCUUGAUCACCAGUCUGUUUCCCGCCAGCAUGCCGCCGUUGUUCCCCACAAGAAUGGCAGCAUCUUUGUCAUUGACUUGGGAUCAGCUCAUGGUACGUUUGUUGCAAAUGAGAGGUUGACAAAAAGUACUCCUGUAGAGCUUGAAGUGGGACAAUCGUUACGGUUUGCUGCCUCCACAAGAAUCUACAUUCUUAGAAAGAACUGUGAGGCUCUCUUUACUCGCCCUCCACCACCAGCCCAUAUUAAGCUUCCUCCACCUCCUGAUCCUUCUGAUGAGGAAGCUGUUGUUGCAUACAAUACUUUGCUUAAUCGCUACUGUUUAAGCGAUGGAGAAUUGGGUUGUGUGUUAGGCAAAAGAAAAGAGAGGAAUGCAUCUGAAGUGGGUGUGGCUAAGAAGAUGAAGAAAAUGAGGGUAAGCUUCAGGGAUCAAAUAGGAGGAGAGCUGGCUGAGGUUGUUGGGAUGUCAGAUGGAGCAGACGUGGAAACAGAACCUGGGCCUAUAAAUGUCAAAGAAGGAAGCCUCGUUGGGAAAUAUGAAUCACUGGUGCAAGUGACACUGAUACCCAAAGGCAAAGAAAAGGAAGAUAAAUCUCUUACAGGGACCAGAGGUGUGACUGAUCGACUCCAGGAAGCGAUGACGUUGUUAAAAAAGGGUCCCAAAAGAGGGAUUUACGAUGAUCUCUACGGUGGUGACUCACUCGCCAAGGCCGUUGGCACUUCAUGGGCAUCUGUGAGUGAGCCAGCAGCCAAAGAUAAAGAAGAAACUGAAUGCAGAAGGGUUGGUGAAGUAGAUGAUAACGACGAUCUGUUUGGUGACUGACUAUUUUGAAUACGAGUUUAUGCAACUCUUCUUCUUCUCUAAUGUCUACAUCCCAUUCCAGGGCAUUGAUAUGUUUAUCCAAUGGCUGCAGCAAGCCAAUUUAGCUCCAAGCAUGGCAAUGCGGGAUUCUAUAUAGUUUGAUGAGUUGUUGGAAUUUUUUGUCAUCUAAGCAUUGAGUAUGUAGGGCAUUAAAAAAAAA